GUCACGUGACUUUUAUUUAUGUAAUGUAAUGGUGUUACACAGUAACCUAGGUCCUUGGGUUUGGAUGGCUCCCGACGUUGGUUAAAAGCGGACACAGACUUAAAAAAACAAAAAAACAAGCAACUCUUUGGAUUACUUAAUUUGUUUUUGGGGUGCUGUCUUUGGAGUUUGGACCGUAAGGGGACGAAAGCGGCGUUGCUGGACUGCAAGCUACUUGAAUUCAACCUGUCUUGUCUCUGUGAAAGGGAAGAUGCUUUUUGUUUCGAACAAAAGACUGUGUGGCCACUCCGACUAUGUCGGUGAAAGACUUUUUUGCGAAAAUUAAACCCGUGAGAUGAUAAAACGGAGGCUCGUGGGGGAAGCUGGACAGAAAGUGGUUCGAAUUCGAGCAGAAGCGUUUUCAAGUGCAAUAAUAAUUUAAGUAAAACAAUAAUAAUAAAGCCAGAGUCAUCCUGUCUGGGUUAGUUAGACGAAAAGCAGGAAGCUCUCCCCGUGGGACAUCGUUUUGGUGACAUAACCCGUCCACCAUGGACCUGCUGGAGUGUCCUCUCUGCCUCUUCCUGAUGUGUGAGCCCGUGACCAUGUCGUGCGGCCACACGUUCUGCCGGAGGUGCGUCGGGGGUUACCUCCCGUCCAAAUGCCCCAUGUGCAAAGAGAGGUUGAAACCAAAUGACGUGAAGGCCAUGAAGAACAACGUGCUGCUGAUCAGCGUCGUCGAGAAAUGUUACCCCGAAGAGACGAGAGUCAAGUGCCAAAUCCACGAGAAGCUCAAGGCCAACGAGUUCGCCGAAGCUCUGCGCAUAGUCAAUGAGGAGCUGCGCUUAGCUCCAGAUGUGAAGACUUUGAGGCUGUUCAGAGUUGAGGCAAACUGUGGCUUGCAGCAUUUCUCCGACACUCUGACGGACUUCGACUACCUCUGCUGCCUUCACCCCAAGUGGACAGAGGGCUUCUUCCGGAAAGGGAAUGUGCUGUUGGAAAUGGGUCAGCAGAGGGAAGCUCUCAUCCAGUUCCAGCAUUGCCUAAAACUCCACAGCGACUUUGGUCCUGCAAAGAGUCAGAUCAAAAAGAUCCUUGAGGUCGAGGGCGUAGCGGUGCCAGAAGAUGUGCCCCGCAUUCUGCAGGUGGUCUCAGAUUACCUGAAGGCUUCUUGUCCAAUCACAAGCCUCAGCAGCUCCCAGGGGCCGGCGCAAAGCGAAGGCAAACACCCACUCCAGGAGAGGAGAGAGGCGCAACAGGUGAACCACGGGUCCAGCUCCGAAUGCUGCCUUAGCCUCUGCCACGCUGUUUCUUUCCUUCCUGCGUCACAGGGGGAUGAGGAGAUGAUGAGGAAGGAGGAGCGGCACUGCAGAAGUGAACUCAAGGAGCAUUCAGAAGAAAGGCUAAGUGUUCUCACCGUGUCGGACUUUGAGUGUCCUCUCUGCAUUAGGUUGUUUUUUGAUCCGGUUACAACUCCAUGUGGCCACACCUUCUGCAAAAACUGCAUUGAGAGGAGUCUGGACCACAACCUUCGCUGUCCACUCUGUAAACAGCCUCUGCAGGAGUACCUGAAAAACAGGAAGUACAACCCGACGAUCGUCCUUAAAGACUUCCUGAACCAGCUUUUCCCGUCUCAGUUGGCUGAAAGAAAACAAGUCCAUGAGGCGGAGAUGGCUGAGCUCUCCAAUCUCACCAAGGACAUCCCUAUUUUCGUCUGCACGGUGGCCUACCCGGGAGUGGCCUGUCCUCUGCACAUCUUUGAACCUCGGUACCGUCUGAUGAUGCGCCGCUGCAUGGAGACCGGCACCAAGAAGUUUGGCAUGUGCAGCUAUGAGCACGGAAAAGGAUUUGCAGAUUAUGGCUGCAUGCUGGAGAUCCUUGAUCUGGAGCUGCUGCCUGACGGUCGUUCUUACGUGGAAACUCUAGGGGGCAGCAGAUUCAGGGUGCUCAAAAGAGGCCAGAGGGACGGCUAUCACACAGCAGACAUCGAGUUCCUGGAGGACGUUAAGGUUGAUGGAAGUGAGCUGGAGCUUCUCCAGCAUCUUCACGACAGCGUGUACCAGCAGGCUCAGGACUGGUACCAGCGCCUGGGAAGCCGCACCCGCGAGCAGAUCAACAGGCAGCACGGCAGACUGCCUGAAAAAGAGGAAGACAUUCAGGCCCUGUCCAACGGCCCGGCGUGGUGUUGGUGGCUGCUGUCAGUCCUCCAGCUGGACCCCGCUUAUCAAACCACUGUCUUGUCACUGACUUCACUCAAAGACCGCCUGGGCCACCUCCGCCUCGUGCUGGAGUACUUCUCUCAGAGCUAAAACCAGAGCGCAGAGAGUGCUACAUCCACGGAAACGAGUUUUUAUGCACGCACAAUUCCCCAGAGGGACUGUUUUUAACCAUGGUCAGACGCAGAUGUGGCUUUCCUGCAGAGCACGGUGGGCUUUUUGGGUUACGUUUCUCCCGUCUCAGUAAUUCUUGGAAUAAAAGCGGUUUCUGUCGCCCCUUUCAAAGUUGUCUAAAGAUGCUUCUUGUUUCGGGUCCUCGUAUAAAACAGUAGUUGUAAAGGGAAAGUGGGUGACACUAUUUCCUGCAUCGAAACAAUCUACUGAUAGAGCAGAUCCGUAUGCUGCGCCGCGUGUGUUCAGUCAGGCUCUUUUCUUGAACCGAGCUUUGUGUGGAGACAUAAACGACCCUCAUGGUGUGUAAAGUUUUGGUUUUUAUCACAAGGCGACGUGUUCUUGGAAAUCUCCUUUGAUUCUCUGUGGCCGUUGAAUGCAGACACCGCUUUCUUGCCUUUUAUUUUGUCAAUUGGCCUUGGCAGCCAUUAAGCGUUUCUGAUUUUAUACUAUUAAAUAAUCUCAAUGUCCUUUUCCCCCCAGUUAUCAUUUUCAAGUUUGCAAUACUUAUAAUACUUUUGCAUGACAGCAGCCGGGGGAUCUCUUUUUAAAGGAAUGAAAGCUGCCGUCUGGUGAAUAUUUUUCUAACUGUCUUGUAGUUAACAACCCGAUUCUCUUUGUUAUAAUGAGAACAUGUGGUCAAUGAGCCUGAAGACCACUGAUUUAUAUCGUCUGUGGUCAAGUAAAAGUAUCAAAUCCUGUGCUUUUUAUUUUUUUUUACUAGUUUCCAUCUUCACCAGCUAUUUUUUUCUGUUUUUAGAUUUAAUGAUAACAGUACAGCUUGCUCCAUUUAAGGACAACAAAGUGUGUUGCCAUUUUAACGCCACGACACCUGUAAGAUACUUAAACUAUGUCACUGUGGUUUGCCUAAGACCCAGUCCCUCCUCGCCACCUCUAAGGCCACCACGUACCUACGUACCUACCUCCAGCGCCGCAUCAGUCAGGCUUGCCUGAGUAGCGGGACCUUCGAGUGCAUCAGCUGACCCCUCUGGUUGGGUGACUCCCUCUGCAAGUCUUAGAGCCCCUUCUUUCGUGGAUGAUGGAUUGUGUGACUUUUGCUGGGACACAGCCACAUUCCAUGGAAUGUCAAACCUGCAAAGUUGUCUAUCCUUACUUCACCAACUAACACAGGCUUAACUGGGUGAUCUUUUUUUUCUACUUUGAGAAAGGUGCCAUAGAUAUAUAUUUGCUUGUAGAAAUAAUUUAAGUUCUUUCUGUGUUUUUAUGUAUUUCACAGAGCUGUAUUUCUUACAGACAUAUCACAACUGUCCAGACAAAAGCUCCUACAGUUUGUACAGAUUGCAGCGCUGCCGGUAUGAAAAUCUGACGGAGGAAUGUCCGAUUGAACAACUGUGCUGGGUUCACGAUAAGCUUCAUGUCUGAACUCUGUGAAGGGAAGACCUCACCCCAUUUAAGCUAGCACAACUUAAAAAGGGACCGACAUUUUUUUCAGUUUUUCAAUGACAGUUGAAACAUCAAAUGUUGAUGUUUUUCUUACUGUCCGAAUCCACAUCCAACUUUUGCUGUGAUUCUUUUUUUUUUUAACUCAAACUUGCCAACCUUUUAGAUCUGCGUUGAUCUCAGCCAUCAGCCUCACAUUUGUUUACUUUGGUUACCAGAGAAUGUAAAGGUGUAAUUUCUGCACUGCUGUGUGAUUUCCCUCAUAAUACCACUUCACAUUUGUAAGAUCACUCCAUAUAUUUUUGCAUGUGGCUCUACGCCAUUUAUUUUCUAAUUCUUUUCUUUUUACUGAUUAAAAAAAAAGAAGAAAAAAAAAGGUUUUGCUGCCGAUUUUCUGCAGGUUGUUGCUCCAUUUGAAGCCGUGCCAGGUGUCCUUCGACAGUUUUCAAAUGCAACUUAAACCCCUGAAAGUGCAGAACUUUGAAUUUGUUUGCAUUCAUUCCUCCACAUUCAUUUGUUUUGAUCUAAUUACUGUUUACUUGCUUACUGCUUGGAUGACUUUUUAAGUGUUAUUAUGAAUAAAGAUUUUCAGAGCAAGUCGU